UUCUUCAAAAGCAGGUCACCUUAAAUCCACUCACUCUCUCUCUCUCUCUAUGUGUAUAUGAUUAACCGAAGCCAAGACUCUUCCUCAACAGUUUUGGAGCCCAAUAGUUUCAAGUUUCGACCUUUUAUUUCUGCUUCUCUCUCUUACCUUGUUCCUGCAACUGGGUUUUGAUUUCCAUGUCGACCUCAGCACUCCCCACCCCAACACUCCCAACAUUCUUCUCCAUCUUUCUUCUCAUCUACCUCUCUGCUUAUUUCCUGCUUUUCCGAAACUGGGGCCCAAAACACCGACCAGAAGCUUCAAGCUGCCUAAUCUCUUUAUCCCACGGCUCCGCAGCUGCCGCCAUGGCCGCCCACGCAAUCCUCCGCAGCUACAAAGCCACCACCUUCGCCUCCCCCAACACCGACACCCAAAACACCGUGCUCGAGUUCAGCAUCGCCUACUUCUCCCUCGACCUCCUCCACUACCUCCUCUUCUUCCCCAACGACGUCAUCUUCAUCCUCCACCACCUCGCCACCCUCUACGUCUUCACCACCUGCCGUUACGCCGUCCGCCACGGGGCCCACGCCAUCCUCGUUCUCCUCCUCCUUGCUGAGAUCACGAGCGGCUGCCAAAACGCCUGGACCCUUGCCGGGUUUCGGAGGGCCGGUUCGCCUGCCGCCGCCAAAUUGUACGACUUUUUGUCCCCUAAAUUCUAUGCUUUUUACAGUGUGUUUAGAGGGAUCCUGGGGCCGGUGUUCAUGUUCAAGAUGGGGGCGUUCUAUGUGAGUGGGGCGGCUGACCCCGUCAUCCCCAGAUGGGCAUGGGCUUCUUGGAUGGUGGUGAUUUCAAUUGCCAUUUGUCUUAGUAUUUUGUGGGUUCUGAAUCUUUGGAUCGAUUGGUACAAAAACAAAGUGCAGAAGAAAAAGAGGUAGAAAAAUAUCUAUUUUUUUUUUUUUUUUAUGAAUUGGCUGUAAUUUGCUAAUUGCAUGUAUAAUACAAAUAUAUAAGUUUAAUAUUUCCAAUACAAAUAUUUAGGUUUCACAUAA